AUGAAGAAUACUUCAGAUAAUAUUCAUUUGUAUGGAUGUGCAUAUGAAAUUAGUUUACCAGAUGAUAGUAACAACAAAAGUUAUGCAUUUGAAUGUUCAGUAUCACAAUGCAAAGGAGAUGAGGCUGCAUUUAAUUAUUGGCGAGGAGAUAUCAAAGUAAGUAAUUUAAAUACAUCUUAUCAAUAUGAAAUUGAAAAUAAUCCUGCAUUUUAUAUUGGUUAUCCAGCAGGUACAGGUAUUAUGAAUUUUACAACAGUAUCAAACAUAUCAGGCCCAGAUGGUCAUGGAAUGUCAGUUUAUGGUGAAUUAAAUUUUACAAAAUGCAAUUUUUUAUAUAUUGAAGUUGGAAGUGAUGUAAUUGCUAAUGAUUUAAAUGAAUUUUCAUAUUGUUCAAUCAUAGGAAAUAAAGGAUAUUUUAUAUUUAUAUUCAAACCAACUAUUAUUGAUUGCUUCUUCGAUAAGAACACAAUCGAACAUACAGCAAGUAAUUUAAUUUCAAGUGUUUCACCAAAUGAGCCAUUUGAUUUAUUUUUAUCUCAUUAUGCAGAUCAUGGGUGUUCUUUUGUAUAUGAGAGUAAAAAGAAAGCAGAAAACAAUUUUAAAGGUGAUAUAUUAGAACAUGCAUCAACCUUUGAUAUUGUUGGAAAUGCAUAUAAACUAUCAUCUUGUCAAAUACUAAGCAUAUCUUUGCAUCACUAA